AUGACGUAUCGGUACAAUUAUCAGCCGCCGAACCGAAGUGACGAGGGGGCAAGCGCAGGGAAUGGGAAAGGUGGUAACGGUGGUGGUGGUGGUUCUGCUUGGUCUCAUGGACGAAAUGUGAUGCGCGAGAUUCCUCGACCGAUGGUAUUGCCACUAUGUGAAUACUUGGACCCCUACGAUCGCCGCUUUAUUGAGGACUGGGAUGAGGCAACAACAGUGUUGAUGGUAAAGGCUGCCACUCUUCUAAAUUAUGAGGAAUUAUUGUGUUUAGCAUCAGCAAAACUUGCCGUGUAUUUAUCGGAGAAGUCUGUUGAGGGUAUUCGGGCGUUUCUGGGAGUAGAGAGCGACUUUACACAAGAGGAGGAAGCGGAGCUAAAGAAGGAGCUGGAGCGGGUGCUCGGCGAACGAUAG